UGUUUUCCCAGCAGCGGCGGAAUGUUUUAGCAGACGGACCACGGACAACUAGCUAGUGAGCGGCCGUUGGAAACAAAACCAGAUUCAAGUUCUUAUGUUACCCGGUUCAGUCUCGACCACGUAGCUAAACAUCUCCUCUCAGUGCUGACUGUGGACUGAUUUCACCCAGAGGUUGAGACUUUCGUGUUGAAGAUGGGAGUACCGAAGUUUUACCGAUGGAUCUCGGAGCGCUAUCCCUGUCUCAGUGAAGUUGUGAAGGAGCACCAGAUUCCAGAAUUUGACAAUCUCUAUCUGGACAUGAACGGGAUUAUCCAUCAGUGUUCCCACCCCAACGACGAAGAUGUCCACUUUCGCAUUUCUGAGGAAAAGAUUUUUGCCGACAUCUUCCAUUACCUGGAGGUGCUCUUCAGGAUCAUCAAGCCUCGCAAGGUCUUCUUCAUGGCGGUGGACGGCGUGGCACCGAGGGCAAAGAUGAACCAGCAGAGAGGACGGAGAUUCAGGUCCGCUAAAGAAGCAGAGGACAAGAUAAAAAAAGCUCUGGAUAAAGGAGAGGUGCUUCCCACUGAGGCUCGCUUCGACUCCAACUGUAUUACUCCUGGCACUGACUUCAUGGCAAGACUCCAGGAGCAGCUCAAGUAUUUUGUCCACAACAAGCUCUCCACUGACAAGCUGUGGCAGAACGUCCGAGUCUACCUGUCCGGUCACGAGACUCCAGGGGAGGGAGAACAUAAGAUCAUGGAGUUUAUUCGCUCUGAGAACACCAUGCCAGAUCACAACCCCAACACCCGACACUGCCUGUAUGGCCUGGAUGCUGACCUGAUAAUGUUGGGUUUAACCAGCCAUGAGCCAAACUUCUCCCUGCUCAGAGAGGAGGUCCGCUUUGGAGGAAAGAAAUCCCAGAAAAGGAUAACGGCUCCAGAGGAGACAACUUUUCACUUGCUUCACUUGUCUCUGAUGAGGGAGUACAUUGACUAUGAGUUCUCUGAGCUCAGGAAUCACAUCGGUUGUGAUUAUGACUUGGAGCGAAUAAUAGACGACUGGAUUCUAAUGGGCUUCCUAGUGGGAAACGAUUUCAUCCCUCACCUCCCUCAUCUUCACAUCAGUCAUGACGCGUUGCCGUUGCUGUACAAGACCUACAUCAGCGUUUUGCCCAGCCUGGGGGGUUAUCUGAAUGAGAACGGCCAUCUAAACCUCAGAACCUUUGAGAAAUAUCUGGAGAAGCUUGCUGAGUUUGACCGGGAACAUUUUAGUGAGGUGUUUGUGGACUUGAAGUGGUUUGAGAGUAAAGUUGGUAACAAGUAUCUGAACGAGGCGGCCGGAUUGGCAGCGGAAAAGGAAGCUGCCAGCAAAGACGCCAACAAGAAAGAGGACUCUGCCCUCUGUCUGGCAGCUCUGACCUCAUCAGACAAAGUGACUGGAGAAGGAAAAGGAGAUGAUGAGGAAGAGGAGGACGAUAUGUUUGAGACGGAGUUCAGACAGUACAAGCGCACCUACUAUAUGACCAAGAUUGGCGUGGAUGUGGUGUCUGAUGACUUUCUAGCCCAGCAGGCCAAGUGUUAUGUGGAAGGUAUCCAGUGGAUCCUCCACUACUAUUACCACGGGGUUCAAUCCUGGAGCUGGUACUACCCCUACCACUACGCUCCCUUCCUGUCUGACAUCAGGAAUAUAUCGGGGUUAAAGCUGACCUUUGACCUCGGGAAACCUUUCAUGCCCUUCCAGCAGCUGUUGGCAGUCCUGCCUGCUGCCAGCAAGGAGCUUCUCCCUGAGGCUUACAGGCACCUGAUGACCAGUGAAAAUUCACCCAUUAUUGAGUACUACCCUCAGGACUUUAAAACUGACCUUAAUGGCAAGCAGCAGGAAUGGGAAGCAGUGGUUCUCAUUCCCUUCAUAGAUGAGAGGUGCUUACUAGCAGCUAUGGAGCCCUGCAAUCACAAGCUGACUAAAGAAGAGAAGGCCAGGAAUCGUCACACAGAGUGUGCAGUCUACUCAUAUGACCAUGAAACAGACUACGCAUACGCCUCCCAGCUGCCUCAGCUGUUCCCUGACAUCGUCCACUGCCAUAGCAGGACAGAACACAUCCCUAUGGAUGCCUGGCACGUACCGUUGGACUAUGUCCGAAGACCCGUCGACCGCUCGGCUCUGUACUUCUGUGGCUUUCCCACACUGCAACACAUUAAGCACAAGUUUUAUAAGAAGAAGAUUGGGGUGGUCGUGUUCCAGCAGAGCAGCAGAGGGGAGAACACCAUACUGGAAAUCCUCCGCAGCAAGGAAGGAGACGCGGUGUGUGAUGAUGUUGCUGCACAAGUGCUGGGGAAGACUGUGUUUGUCAACUGGCCACAUCUAGAGGAAGCUCGCAUCGUUGCAGUGUCAGACGGAGACGUCAAGUUUUGUUUAGAAGAACCACCUGGUGUCCAAAGCGUGUACGACAGGCCCUCCACUCCUCCUCCCACCAAAAUCACCUGCCUGUCUGACAGGGAGCAGAAGGACUGGGUGAAGGAUGUACAGGGAUUAACUGAACAUUUCUUAAAGAGGAAAGGCAUCGUGGUGAACGAGACUGCGGUAGUUUUGUACGGCCAGCUGCUGACGGGAAGGAAGUACGUCCCCAAAGCCAACGGGGUGGUGGAACUGGAGAAGCAGUGGUCCAAGCAGGUCCUCCCCUUCGCCUACCAGACCGUGGUUAAGGACAUCAAGGCCUUCUACUCGUCUAUGACCUGCUUCAAGAGCUUAGAUGAGCUCUUUCCUCCAACAACCACCGUCUUCAUGGUGGGGAACCCUUACUACGGCGCCAUGGGCGAGGUGCAAGAUUCUAGUGAUGUCAUCAAAGACGGCCGGGUACGAGUGGUCUUCAACGUGCCGCACGAACCACAGCUGGAUACCUUGAUUCAAAAUCAGCAUAAGUACUGUGUGAAGUACAAUCCUGGAUAUGUUCUGGCAUCUCGUCUCGGCAUCACCAGCUACCUCGUGUCCCGCUUCUCAGGAAGCAUCUUCAUUGGCAGAGGCUCUAAGAAGAAUCCCUGUGGUGAGCAGAGAGCUAACGUGGGCCUGAACCUGAAGUUCAACAAGAAGAAUGAAGAGGUUCCUGGAUACACCAAGAGAACUGAAAAGGAGUGGGUCUACUCUGCUGCUGUGGAGGAGCUACUAGCUGAAUACCUGGACAGAUUUUCUGAAGUAUUCAACACAGUGUCCAGGAACAGUCAUGAUGAUGUUUUCUAUGAAGAUGACAUCUGGCCUGGAUUGGACCAGAAUGGAGCGGAGAGGGUUGCUGAAAUCACCUCGUGGUUAAAAAGUCACCCCGUGAGCUCCGUCAGCAGGGCGUCGUGUGACCUUCAGGUGCUGGACACCGCCAUCGUGGAGAGGAUUGAGGAGGCAGUGGAGAAAACCAAGGUGAAGAAGAGCACCAAGAAAGUCCGUGUGACUGUCAAGCCUCAUCUCCUCUUCAGGCCCUUGGAGCAGCAACAGGGUGUGGUUCCAGACCCGGAUGCAGAGUAUCGCCUGUUUGACAGAGUCGUCAACACAAGGGAGAGCUUCACUGUGCCACUGGGACUCAGAGGAACAAUCAUCGGCAUUAAAGGAGCGGAGCGUGAGGCAGAGGUUCUCUAUGAAGUGCUUUUUGAUGAAGAAUUUGCUGGAGGUCUCAACAUCAGGUGUACGUCACCUCGCGGUUACCGCCUCCCUCCCUGUGCUCUCAUCAACCUUUCCCAUGGAGCCCGAGUGGAUCACACCUCCCACAAGCUCACCGCCAUCGUCAAACCUCAGCCCGCCGCAGCCACAAACUUCAACUCACAGCGCCAGCUCGGCGGCCUGAACCACUCUCCACGUUCACCCUUUAUACCCACACAGCAUAACAGCAAGGGCAACAGGAACUCUCCCUCUAAGGGUCUCAUCCAGAAACAACAGGGGAAGAAUAAAGAGGAGUACAGUAAUGUGUGGCAGACUCUGCAGAGCUCUGGCCCUCCUCACAAACCUCCUGCGCACUGGCACAAUGAAGGGCAUUCCCAGCAGGGUGGGAGCCAGCACGCUAACAAAGCUGUGAGUACACAAAUGCACGGACCACACCUGCAUGCUCCCCCAUCACCCAGACUGCAUGAAACUGCCGCAUGUCAGACCCCAGUUGGCGGCAUCAGACUUUUGAAGAAAAAUGAAGACGCCAACUCCCUUUUUCCUGCACAGAACACAGCCAACAAGGCUACGACUGAGUUUGAGGACCUGAUAGCCAGUCUGAAGAUCUCCAAGGGUAGCCAGCAGACCCCACCCCCUCCCAUUCCUCCACAAGCACCUGCAAGCCAGUCAGAUGGCCCGUUGUCUCCACAGUCUUUCGCCAUGAAGGGAACCAUGGUGCUGAAGGAGAUGCUAAAGAUUGAUGGUGCUGGAACAGGAAGUCCCUCUCCCCAGGAGACGGCUAACAGUGCUGCCUCUGGUGGUCAACAGCAGAACAGAAGACGUUCGUCCAAGAAACUAGCAGCAAAUAUGAACGCCCCACACGGUGACGCAGCUGUAUUAGGAUCUCCCGCGCCGGCUGCCUCUGCCAACCUCUCCAACGCCAUGCUGACCAGUAAGGUGUCGGAGCUGGCGUGUGUCUGCGUGGGGUUAGGGAUGGCACCACCUGAGUUUAGCUUCAUAGGCAACAGACAGGGUGUAGUAGUGUGUCAGGUGAAGCUGUCCAAUGGGCUGAUGGUUCAUGGCCCACAGUGCCAAUCAGAAAAUGAUGCCAAGGAGAAAGCUGCCUUCUUUGCCCUCCAGAGACUGAACUCCGUGGGAUCAGGCUUCCCCCUCCCACCUGCUCUGUACCCAGGAGUGGGUCAGAUACGGCCCCCACCCAUAGGAGCCAUGGCCUCCGUUUUCAACCAACAAGGGGGUUUGCUGUUGCCUCCCCAGGGUUAUGCCCCUGGCCCUCUUUGGGGAAUGGCGCUGCCUCCUCACCACCACCAAAACCAACCGUUCUACGGAGCAGCAGGAACCUUCCCUGGUGCCGCCCGCCACCAGCCUGCAGCGGCGCCGCCCAUCGGCUCACACAACCAGUUUAUUCCCUUACAGGUGACUAAGAAGCGAGUAUCCGCCAACAAGAAGAACCAGGAAACUCGAGAGUUCUACAGCGCCGCCCAUAGACACCAAUCACAGAGAGCCCAGAACCAGCCCUCCGGCCAAUCACAGGGCGGUAAAGCCGACCAGCCACACCAACACGCUGCCAACAGCGACCUCUCCUCGUCCAGUCCUGGCCUGACAGACACCGUUUCCACGACAACAGCAGCCCCACACACACCCCCUCGGCAAAUCCCUCCAGCAACAGGCCACACCCCUGGCUCCGCCUCCAAAAGGAAGCACAGAAAACUGGCCGUCAACUUCGAGGCGGCUAAAGUCUCCGAGUGAUGGGCGUGUGUGUGUGUGUGUGUGUGUGUGUGUGUGUGUGUGUGUGUGUGUGUGUGUGUGUGUGUGUGUGUGUGUGUGUGUGUGUGUGUGUGUGUGUGUGUGUGUGUGUGUGUGUGUGUGUGUGUGUGUGUGUGUGUGUGUGUGUGUGUGUGUGUGUGUGUGUGAGGAGCGAGAGAGGGGGGAGAGAGAGAGAGAGAAGUGUGUUUGGUGUUUUUAAGCUGCAGUUUUAAGCCUGACUCAGCAUCUUUGAUCAAAACCUCGUCAAUGUGAACAUUUGUUUUCACUCAACGUUUCAGCGUAGACAGCAGCGGCGGUUGGGACGAGGGCACAGAGCAGACUUCAGAUUUUUUUUCUCUUCUGUCGGGCUCUUGAGGAAACUAAAUUAUUUCCACUUUCACGGUCUGUCUGCCUCAGAACACAACUCAAAGAUAUCAAACGUGACUGAAUUCCUCUGUCCCUACACUUCCUCAUUUCAGAUCUACCAAACAUGGCUAUUGUGGUUCUACAUUUCCCAGUGUGGAAUGUGUUACUGGUGUGGAAAGGAAUCCAACGUACUGGCUGGAAGAGUAGGGUGCAUUCUGGGAUGCAUUGCUCUCUCUCUCUCUUUUUUCUUUUUUUCUUUUCUAAAAGAGGUCGAUUUUAUGGACUGAUUCCGCUCCUGAGCAGAAGCGGUUAAAGUCUUUUUCCGUGUGUAUCAGCACACUUAAAGGAAAACUAUUGUUUAUUACAGCUCACGUUUUACUUUCCUAGCCCUGGCCAUUCUUUCUAUCAGCUAUGCUAACGCUGCGGAGAUGACUGAAUGGGGCAAUGUUGCUGACCAGAGCUUCAAAAGUCAAACCCAAGUUGUAAUAAACUCUAGAUUUCCUUUAACUGCGCUCAUUAGGUUCCCCAGGGAACAAGCUUCUUUUUCCCUCCAAAAACACAUUGAUUUGCUCGUUCAUUGAGCCUGGUCUGGUUAAUUCUGCAGAGUAAUGACGGAGAUCUUGUGAAGUCAAACACUGCCUUAAAAGUGAAUCGUCUUCAUUAAAUGUACAUUUGAAUCCAGGUGGGAAAGAAAUAAAGACUGUAAUUAUGUACUAGUGCCAGCACAUUCAAACCAAACGGCUCAGAGCAAAACUAAAAUAAUGGAUUUUUGUUUUUGGAAGUUUGGUUAUUUACGCAGCCGAUAAAAUUAGAAGUCAGCGUGGUCAGUGUUAUUAUUAAUGUUAUUUCUCACGGCCCCUCGUGUCAGUCUUAACACCGUCCAUCUGCGCCUCUUUCAAACGUUGCUUUGUGUAUUUCCCGCGGCGAGGCGAGGCGAGGCGAGGCGAGGCGGGAGGGUUUUCACUGACUUGCGGUUGCUGCUGUUGCUAGGCGACUGCGCGGGAGGCUCCGUGGCAGCGUAGACUGAGAACACGCACUGGAGGGCGGCCGGUUGGGAUUUGUCUGGCUCCUGGUGCAGAUAGUCCUCGACGUUUUGCAAAACCUCUUCAAUCACAUUUGGAUCUCGGUUCUCAGGGACAUGCAGCCAUGGUAGACGCUUCAGAUCUGCACUGCAGUGGCAGCUACUUCCUGCUCUCCCAGUAAACCUAUUUACCUGUACAUCUUUAGAAAGCUAGCUUGAAUGCAUAUGCUGCUGUGUCGGCCCUGUCUGGUUUUUAAGGGGGGUUGUUAGUGUGUUAAUUGUGAAUAAAAGCCGGCCUCCUAUUAUGGCUAUUUGUAUCAGAAUACUUCAGCGUUGUCAGGUUUGGAUCAGCGGUGUUCAUCAGGCCGACAUUGAUUAUCUGUUUUAAUGUUUCCCUCUGUGUUGUGAUCCUUAUUUCCCAUCAGCCUUCUAUUUCCUUCAGACUUUUGACGCCUUGCUGCAAUUUUCUACUUUUUUUUUUUUAAUGCUUUAACAACGCCAAAGUAAAAAGUUGACUGCACACUGCCUGCACACACAGCAGAGUUAUGACAUGAGAUAAUUGGACUAAUGCCCCCCCCACACACACACACAUACACACAUACACAAUGAUAUUCCCACUCCAGAGCUGCUUUACACCAGCAUAUAACCCAGAGUCAGAUAGUGUUAAAAUUGCCAGAUUUCUCUGAUGUUCUUUUUCUAACUGAUGUACUAACAGUUAACAGUUUACAGAUGAAUGGAACAGAUUUUGGACCUACAGGAACAUUUACACUGCCAGAUUUCAAAAGCAACUUCAUAUAAAGUCAAUCUCUCCUUUUUUUUUUUUUUUUUUUAUUGAAUAGCGCCAGAAGAUUGUGGCUGAUUUUUACACAGGUGCAAAAAAAAUUGCCAUUUUUUUAUUUCUAUCUUCCUGCUUCCACUAAUGUAUUUUUUAAAAGCUGGGACCGGAGGUUUUUUUUCUCUUGUGACUAUGGGAGCUCACACAGUUUAUAACAGUAUGUACUUUUGGCGUCUUAAAUUGAAACCAACAAUUAGGAUUUUAUUAAUUGUGUGAAGAUUUCUGACAUGUGACUGAUGUUGUAUUGGUCCAAAGUUUUCAGUUCAGUGUGUAUUUCCACUUGUAUAAUAUCAUAUUAAAGUACUCUUCAGCGACCCCUCAGUGGCGUGCGGCGUAGGACCCCAGAACCGCAUGCAGCUGAUAAUUGAUGAGCUUCCUUUACAACUUAAUCAAUCAUUGUGAUCAAUUAUCUUGCUUGAGUGCAAAGAAAAAAAAGUAAGCCUCGAUGUACGGCGUUGACCUGCAGUACUAUAAAGAACAGGUGGUUGUUGUAUGUGUGUAAAGGCAGCCCAGCAGCAUUGUAACAGUGUCGUAUGAGGAGUUCCGAUCUAUUUAAAACAUUUGUAUUUCCAUUAUGUGCAAACUAAACGUUCUUCCAUCUCUUGGUUGGUUGUUUUCUGAAGCUGUUUGGCUAUUUUUAAAUUCUUGGCUUUAUUGUGCACUUCUGUACACAUCUGGACUUAUUGACACAAACACACAGACGUAUAAAAUCUCUCAGUUUUUAAGAUUUAUUUGUUUCUUUACCAAGCUAUGGAUUUUAUGGAUACCCUUUUUAUAGACAGUCUUGGGGUCUUUUCUAAGCAAUCUGAAUAAUUAUUGUUUCAAUAAUGUGUGUGGCGGAGUUACGACGUGGAAGCUGCUGUAGCGACCGGUAAAGCGUCUUUACUUUGUCCUCGUUUUGUGGGACACAUGCAUACAGUAUGAUUUUGGCGUGUGUGUUGUUUUAAGGCUGACGUCCUUACGCUGACCCUGUGACUCAAGUCUGUAUGACUCUGGUGCAAUAAGGGGAGGUUUUAAAACAUUUUUGAAACUGAAGCACAUCUGUUGUGUAUCUGUUGUUGUUGUUUUUUUUUUUCGGGGUGGGGGGGUGGGGGUGAAACUAAGUAAAGAAUUCUCAAUAUGAAGACAUACUGACCUGCUGUUUUGAUUCAGGAAUGUGCUGUACAUAUCCAUUUAAUUAAAGUCAAUCUUUUGUUAAA